GGCGGUGAAGGAAAUGAAUGAUGAGAAAAGUAGAGUGGAAUUUUCCGCAAACACGCUUUGCUAUUCUAUUAUCUUCCAGACCCUUUGUGCUUAGAUUUCUUCCUCCCUUCUUUCUUUUAUUCACCGCGUCUCAUUAAAUCUCUUCAAUUUCUCCUUCUGUAAUUCUGUUUCCUAAUUCUACUCAUAUAAAUAUCUAAUAAGAGUUGCUUCCAACCUCCGACUAAGACCCUUCACGGCCCAGCAAAACAUAACCAGCUAUUAAUUCCUAGUUUCCUACCUAUAUAGACACAAGGACAAAGAAGGUAGAACAAGAAUAUGUGUGUAGUGUUGGUGUGCGGCGAGGAUGAAAGGGUGGUGUCAAGGCAGCCAGCACCAGGGGUGUGUCCUUACUGCGGAGGGAUGAUUCAGGCUUUGGACGUAGAGAGCCGGUGGCAGUUCUGUUUCCUGCCCUUGUACUUUAAGACCAAGCGCAGGUACCACUGCACCAUGUGCACCAGACAACUCGUUGUGCAAUAGUAGUUCUAGUGAUCAUCGUCACUUCACACCCACCUCCCUUGCACCAUGGAGGAUCCGAUAAGUACAAGGCGCAGGGGAAAAGUUUUCUCUAUUUUUUUUUACUGGUUUUCAUUUACUAUUUUAGAUGUACAGGGAUUUCAAAGUAGAUGAUAUGAUUUUUAGAUCUUAAAAUAACAUCUCUUCAUUUGAAUAAUUCAUAUUUAAAUAGUUAUGCGAAUUCAAUGGCUUUUACCAGUGGAAUUAUUAAGAUAACCAGCUUAUUUGCUUGAUAUUACUUAUAGUUUAAAAAGUGCCAUUUUAACCCAUGUGAUUUCCUCCUUCGACCCAUAAUCAUCGGUAGUUUCAAGACCAAGUCAAAAGUACAGAUUGCAGAAACCAAACAUACUGAAGAAAUCAAAUACCCAAAUGCAAACAAGUAACAACAUUUGGCUUCCCCAAAUACAUUACAGCUUAUGCCACAAGACAGAAUAGAAGUUCAGAUUUCUUCCAUCAGUAUUGCGGAAACA